AUGUUGUCCGUUGGAUCCAUGGGUCAGAGGCGUCCCCCAGAGCCUGGCUGGUCGUCGCAAAUGACUGCUCCCACUACGCCAGCUGUAGGGAUAAGGACAAAACAUCGUCCUCCCGAGUUUGGCGUUCAGUUGAAUAUUGUACACAUCGCUCAUUGUAAGAGAGCUCAAAUAGUCCUCGAUCAGCAACAUCUCGCGUGGGGAACAAUUUAUGAACUGGCACGAGGCGUCACUCGUGGCAUGUGGACGUUCGGAGAUAUGACAGAACACCGUUUGUGUAAACUCAAGGGUUCAAAUGUGCAAGCUGCAUGGAAAGUGGCUGCCGUUAUCAAAGACGAAAUGGGGCCAUCAUCUGCAACGAGAGCAUCAUCAGAAGUUUGGCUCGAGUACGAUCGAGAGCAACUUGCGAUUGUCGAAAACAAAGGCCGCGGCCUGGGAACUAUGGGCGACUGGGAGGGAAAAGAACAUUGGUACGGAGGCAAGAUUCAGCAAGUUGCCCGUAUUGUAAGAGCUGGAAGUUCGUUUAAACUCGAGCUCGAAAAACCCGAGAUUCGACGGUCGCAUCGAUUUGGUCGGUUUUUGGCGUCUCGACACAUACUCCAAAUCCGUGUCCCGGACAACCUGAUAUACGACACAGAAGUCCCCAAGUUUCUAGGGUCCAGCAAAUUUGUGUUGUGUGGCCGCGUCUUCGUACCAUUUCAUGCGAAGGAGGGGAGUGUCUACCUCUUUGAAACCAACGAAAAUAUAGAUCGGCAGACUAACCCUGGCGAUGGUGACAGUCACCGACUAACACUUCACGAAUUUGUACAGUGGCAUAAUCCACUGAGGCUGAAUUCAAAACAGCCCAUCAGCAAAUGGUCUACCCGAUGGGCGCUCGGCCUAUCAACUUCGGUACCAACAAUCAAAUUCGCCUCUGAGGAUAUAUUCUUCAUUGACGAUCAAUAUACUGGGGACUACGGCGAGGGAAAGCAUCCAGUUGGAAACAUCAUGACCGAUGGGUGCGGGUUCAUCAGCGGUGCAGCAUUGACUGCCAUCAUGCGAGUAAUCCAAUAUCCGAGUCGACCGACAGCUGUGCAGGGACGUAUUGCUGGUGCCAAGGGAAUGUGGGUUCUGCAUCCAGAUCCUGAGUAUCAAGUCGCCGAUGGACCACCAAAAAUUUGGAUACGUAACUCGCAAAACAAAAUCGAUUGCGGACCGCUGCACAAGAUUGACGCUGCUCACAGAAUUUUUGAUCUCGUUGCGCCGUCUCGUGUAACUGGACCGAGCCGCUUAUCCAGAGACACUUUGGUAAAUUUAGCGCACAAUGACGUCCCCACCGGUAUUUUGAAGGAACUCAUGGCUGAUGGACUGCACAAUGAAGUGCGCCAGCUCACUGAAUGGGAUGGCCCCGAUUCAAUGCUUGUAGUUUGGCGGGCUGUUGAGCGUGCUGGCCGUGUUGUGAUUUGCAGGCUGCGGCGGCGCAUUGCUGGCCAGGUCCGUGCACUCGGCCUUGGCGAACUUCGGCCCAACGAGGAGCUGGGUGACGAGAUUGAUGAUGAUGGUGAUGUCGUAUUGGACCAGCCACCGGCUACCUCGGAUCCCCGAAGUCGCAAUCCCCAUAGCGGCCAACCAACCUCCCUACAUGAAUCUGUCCUCGAGCUUCUCCAGGCAGGGUUUCACCCCUUAAAGUUCGACCAGCUCUUUAGCAAGCUCAAGAGCGUGGUGAUGCUCGUUCUGGACGAUUAUGCAAAAAAUUGUCACAUUCCAGUCAAGGAGUCCCUCGAGGCCUACAUCAUACCAGAUCCGUAUGGUGUACUUGAGGAGGGCCAGAUACAUUUUCGGUCGUCCCAACUCAUCACCGAUCCUGAAAGUGGAACCCAUAUGGAUACCAUCACAGGACCCGUUCUAGUGUGGAGGAAUCCCACGAGACUGCCCUCGGACGUCCAGAAGGCCACUGCCGUCAGUCACCCUAAGUUGUCAAGUUACUUCGAUGUCAUUAUAUUUCCGGUGCAAGGCGAGCGAUCACUGGCGAGCUACUUGGGUGGUGGAGAUUAUGACGGAGAUACCGUCGUGUUGGUCUGGUCUAAAGAUCUCGUUGAAAACUUUAACAGCGCUCCGCUAUGUGAGACACCCGUGGAUCUGAGGAACGAUUUCGAAGAAGAUAUCGAACACCUUCUUGAUUUUGACCAAAGAGUAUCCAAGCUCUCAGACAAAGAGGCUCAAAUAGCUUUUCAAAAGGUUUUACUGCACGGGCUGGUGGAGACGAAGUACAAAUUGUAUUCUGGCUUUCAUGAUGCAGCUGUGUAUCAAGAUGGCUAUGACAGUACAACAGCCGUUCGACUUGCAUACAUGUUUACAACGUGCCUGGAUGCAAAGAAGACUGGGCUACGAGUCAAACACGAUGUUUUCGAGGCGCACCGCAAAUUUUACGGGAGCCGCAAACCAUAUUACAAAGUGGCGGCUCUAAAAAAGAACGACUCUCCCAGAGAAGACCUACCGCCAGUGAAGCGAAUUUCAUCAUCACCUUUCAUCCUCGAUGACCUCGUGGACGAGGGAAAUCGCCUCCGUGACGAGUUUGUCGAGAAGUACUCAAGCCUCCGCAGUUCCUCGCCCCGUGUUUUGGACCAUGAUACCCAUCUCACCUCUCCUUACACAUCUGCAUCUUACAGGGCAACACAAGCGGUGCAUGUUGGUUUCCAAGGAUUGCAAGUCAACCUGACUGUUGCCAAACUGCAUGUCGAAAAAGCAUAUCAAGACUGGCUAUGCGCUGUUGCAAUGCAAAAAAGUGCUUCAAGCCCUAGGCGUUCUUCUGAUCCUAAGGAACAACAGAUCCUAAAAGUUGCGCGAUACUUUGCGCAGCGGCCGUUGUUCCAAGACGUACUCUUUUUUUCUGAAGAAGAAAUCAAGACUAUUAUGGCAUCUUAUGCUUACACUCUCAACCAGUCGUUCGGGUUCUCUGUUGCCUUCAGGGAGCUUUGCGCCAUCAAAGCGCGAGUACAAGGCGGAGUCCCUUUCGAGGAUAAAUUUGCACAGGUUAUGAACAUACCUAACAAUGUUUUACGAGCUCUUUCGCAGGCACAGGAUGACACAGAUAAUUGAGGUUUUCAUGUUUUCUAUGACAGUAUAUCGAUCAGCGUAUUUGAUUGAACCAGUUGUCUUGUUUACAUCCCAUAAGUACUUCAAUACGUGUUGCAUCUAUCCUUAUGAUACGUGGCGCCAAUGAACUUGUCUGACAGCUGGUGCACAAUCAAAGAGUAAAUCCAAUAAUGUAAUGGGGCGAGCCUUGCUUCGCGAUUGUAAAAUCGGACAACCAAGCACAAC